AUGAGACGAGCCGAUCCGAGCCGAGCCGAGCCGAGUUUUUGUAAUUGCCCAUUCUUGGCCUUUCCACAGGUGCUGAUGUCCAAUUCAAUGCUCCGACGACUGCCCACCAAAAUUGAGUUGAAACUGGACGAUAUCGACGAUAUGUGCCAAGUACUGGAACGAAUGGUGGACAAGGGGAACAUGGAGCCGGCUGAGCCGCAGCAGACAGCACAGUCGACGCCGCUCUCGCAAGUUCGAUGGCGCAUCGGUGCGGCACCAGCUCGAGUGGGCAUGGAACAGGCAAGCGACAUGCAGGCAUAUGAAACUCCGGAAAGUGCACCAUCGAACACAUAG